CUUCCGACUCUCACUACUUCUGACUAAGUAGCUCAUUCAUCUUCGUUCUUCCUACUAUCAUCUACAGAUGCCAGCUAUAAGAACUUCUGUGAAUCCUAUUCCUUCAUCUACAAUCCUCGAACCCGGCCCAUCACUCGGUUCGGAGCUUCGAGGCAAAGUGGCGAAAAGUCGGGAGCUACCAUGCGAUACUUUCUACCCCAUUCAACCAUCCGAAAGAGCUUCAUAUCGCACCAAGGACGGUAAGAAAGUCACACCGUACCAAUGGGAAGUCUAUGAUUUUACGCGAAAAAUCCCCUGCGGUAAUGUAACUACGUACAAGGCUGUCAGUUCAGCCAUCGGAGGAUCACCGCGUUCAGUCGGGGGAGCCCUGAGAAGCAACCCAUUUGCCCCAUACGUUCCCUGUCAUCGAGUGAUUGCCAAUAACCUCUUUGUCGGGGGCUUUUUUGGUGAAUGGGGACCAGAGGCUAAGACAGGCACACAGGUCAAUCGUAAAUUGGCCUUGCUCAAAGAAGAAGGUCUGCUGUUCACACAAGAUGGUUACCUUGAAAAUAUAGACGGAAAGGCUAUCUGGCAGCCGGAUGCCCAGUAGUACUGGGACCAGUCAGCUGGACCGGUUUGCAUCAGCUGGUCGAGACAUGUACCCUAUUCAAAGAAAUUCAUUCUAUGCCUAGUUUGACUGACUA